AGAAAGACAGGGAGGAGAGAAAGAGGGAGAGAGAAUGUUGCUUUGCUCCAGUUGCGAAGAUUUCAAUCCCAGUCCUGGGCUCUCUGCAAGCGCUUGCUGGGAUACCUAACUCCCUGUCCUGUGCAAAGGUCUGUGAUUGGGGAUGUGGUGUGCUCAGCGGGCAGGGCCCCUCCCCUGGGCUGGAUCCGCCUCUCCUAUCCCCCAGAUAAAUUACUAGUGUCCUCACUAAAUUCCUCGGCUUUCUCUCUCUCCCGCUCACACACACUCACUCACUCCCUCCCUCAAACACAGGCAGAACAGGGUUGGGGGGCGGGAGGGUGGGGGUCCUCUCUGGACCUAUAUCACGCCUUAGUGCCGGAGGGGGGAGAGAAGGGGAGGAAAGUGCUGUGCCCCUUCUCUCCUCCACUGCCACCGCAUAGGUUUGGGGAGCUCCCCUUCCUCCCCUCCGCCCCCUUUCCCGCCAGCCCUUUGGCAUCUUCCAGACCAUGUCCACUGGGUCCCUCAGUGAUGUGGAAGAUCUGCAAGAGGUGGAAAUGCUGGAGUGCGAUGGCCUGAAAAUGGAUACUAACAAAGAGUUCGGGGCGUCCAACGAGAGCAACGAGGAGGGAUCCAAUGGCGAGAAUGGCUCCCCUCAGAAAGGGAGAGGGGCCUCGGGAAAGAGGAAAAAGGCUCCCCCCAAGAAGAGCCCUUUAAAUGGUGUGAGCCAGGAAGGAAAGCAGGUCCAGAGAAACGCUGCCAACGCCAGGGAGAGGGCAAGGAUGAGGGUCCUUAGCAAAGCCUUUUCCAGGCUUAAGACCACCCUGCCCUGGGUGCCCCCAGACACCAAGCUUUCCAAACUGGACACCUUGAGGCUGGCCUCCAGCUACAUUGCGCACCUGAGGCAAAUCCUGGCCAACGACAAGUACGAAAAUGGCUACAUCCACCCAGUCAACCUGACCUGGCCUUUUAUGGUAGCCGGCAAACCCGAGAGUGACCUGAAAGAAGUGGUGAACACAAACCGCUUGUGCGGCCCGACGGCAUCCUGAGCCCCGCGGCCCCGCCAGCACCGGCCCCGUGCGGCCGGGGAGGGGGCACGGGCGCGGGCAGGGCCCCGCUUUGCCCCGCUGCUGCCCCAGGUCCGGGCAGGGCGACGGGAGAGCGCUCUGCCGGCACGGCACCGCGGAGACUGAACGCAGAGACUCCACCCCGGGAGAGCCCGACUCUAUUUAACUUUAUUGAGUGCGUGUGCAGUCGAGUGUCCUGCAACAAGAGCCUUGCUGGUUCAAGCGCUACUAGAGGAAAGGCAGAGAUCAAACAAAACCUACCACACGUGUAUCUUUUGUCUGAGACCUGUGGAAUAUGUAGAUGCCUAGAAAAAAGACUGACUUUGACAGUCAUCUCUAUGAACUCAUUCGCCCUAAAGAUAUAUAGAUAUAUUUUCUUCAAGCAGGUUUUUGCUCUAUUUCUGUGAAUAAACCUUCCUUUCCAUUGAACGUGGAGCGGUGUACUUUUCGUUUCCGACUCACGAGGCAGUGGGAGCACCGCACCUGGCUUCCUGUGGUGGGGCGGGGGGUCCAGCCCUGCGCCAGAGAGAACGAGUGGGGGGAACAGUUGGUACAACAUCUUCAUACCAAACCCCCCAAGCAGGGGCAGCUCUGAGCUCAGCAGGGAGAAGGAGAGCAGUGAGAGAAAGAAACUGCCUUGCCUCUCUUUUUUUUUUUAAUCGAAUAACCGCAAAGCCACGGGUUUUUAACCUUCCUGAGGAUCCAGCGUGGCCCUUCCUGCGCGGCAGCCGUGGGAGUGUCGAGCUGGCUUACUGACAGAUCAGUAUGGGGCUGAGGAUUAUUGCCCAGCUUGGAGUACCAGGGAUUUUAGUGCAAACAUCUCCCUUCUGUUGCUCAGGGUGCCUGCGGGAGAUCGGGCUGAGAUAAACAGGAGUGCAGGGUGCUCUCCCUGCACCGGCAACGGCAGUCGGCAGCUGAUGCGCCAGAUCCCACCGAGCUGUUUAAUGUUUCGGGGUUAUGACCGCACUGUUUACAAGAUGUCUUCAGUUAUUUAUACUGUUAUUAUUAGCAGAGGGGCUUUAAAUUUCCGCUUCACUUGCUCUUUCGAUAUCAUCCCCCGGUUCCGUUGGAUACCUGGGUGCUGGCGGGCGGCAAGUGGACAUCUGGGGCUCCCUGGCUACGGGGCCUGCAUCUCUCCUAGGUCAACUGAGCAAGGCACAGUCCUCCUGGCAAUCCACAUCCAUCGGCUGGGUUCACAUGUGGGCCAUGUUGAAUUAAGGCUGAAAGCUGGGAGCUGUGCAAGCAUUGCGGAACUCGUUACAGAAAGGGCCGAGGACUGCAGGAUUGUCCUAAUGGUUUUGAAGGGCGGGCUGUUUAAUUUCACUUAUUCACAGCUUUAUCUCCAGCCUGCACAAUUAAAAGCAGACCUCGUCACCCAGCUUAGCCGUGCACAAUUUCACCAGCAAGAGCAGGGCUGCGCCAGCUGAUACGUAGUUACAGGCAGACGUGCACAGAUUUGAUGUACUUUAAAGCAAAGGGAUCACCUUGAGCAGCCACAGCUCCUGUUUCUGGGAAGAGAAGCUCUGCUUUGCUAAGCACAGCUUAGCAAAGGGGCUGGUCCCUGCCACAGACAUUGGCAAAGUCAAGGGAACUGCUGUUCUCUUAACGGGAAAAAGAACAGAGCCCUCUGACCUUAAGCGCAGAGCAAAUGACUGAUAGAGCAAACGCACAAGCACUCUUUGAACCACUAAAGUUAAUCGCUGAAUCAAAAUUAAUAAUUGAAUUUAACCAUUCAAAAUCUUGACUUAAAUCUCUACUAACCAAUGCAUGCUCUGGGCUCAUAGCAAGGUGCUGUUUAAAUUCAAGAAAGCAGAAACUGAGAGGGAUCUGGGAUAUGCAUAAUAUUAAGAGUUACAUUCAAAAUUUUCUCAUACAUGCUUUUCUGCCACCCUGCAAUGCUUACUAAUUGCAGAUAGCAUCCUUCCCACCCUUAGCCAUAUUCACUGCUCAUUGGCCACCUAAAAGGCAGCAUGGAGAAAGGGUGAAGUGCCCCAUGCAAUAGUGCUCCACACAGUGUGAGGAACACGGCUGUAACCAUGUACCAAAAGCUGCAAUGUAAGUAGAGUGGAAAGAGGAAGCUGUAGGCACAGUUAUUUCUGUUGUCACUGCUCACUUUACAUAGCAUUCUGUGGACUCAAGUAUUCCUCAAGUAUGCUCUGCCUUCCUCAAUCCUUGCCCCUGAGCAACCGUUCAGCAACAAAGAAAAAGGGAAAAAGCAGCAAACAACAGACAAAUGCAACCAGCAAUAUGCAGAAAGGUAAAUAGCGGCUUUACUCCAACAGUAAAUUUUUUUAUGGCUUUAUGUUCACUUUGAAGGCAAAAAAGAAAAAGAUUUUCAGAGAUGUGGAUGUGGGUGGCAGCCCCUGAUCAUUGCCUGCCUUAGAAUGUGAGAGAGGGCACAGCCCAGUGCAUGGGUGCUUGGCAUCAACAACCCCCAGUCAUUAGGUGAGUUGAGCAUCCUCCCUGCAUUAAGUGCAAUUUUACAGAAAACUAUUUGCAAUUAAAAAAAAAAAAAGUAAAUUUAGUUUGACUGAAGCACUUAAUGGUUUUGAAGGGAACUCACAAAUGUGUUAAGGAAAGAGAAGGAAUGGAUAUAAAUAUUAAUGUCAAUGACUUUAAAGAAAUUAUUUUGUUUGCUUUCUUUUCUGUACAAAGUGAUGUAUUUUAAUAUUUCCUGAAAUAUAAUUAUUUAUACCCUUUUUCCAUGUAGAAACAAAGCUGACUCGAUUUAUCUUUCUGUAUCUACAUGGAUGUACACGCAGCUGUGAGAGUGUCUGUAUACAUUCCCUCCUAAUAAUGUUUGAACUCAUUGCCUGAUUUCAACUGAAUUUGACAGAGGUCUCAAAGAUAACCAAAUUGCUACAUUUUUUUGUGAAAACAGUCAGCUAAUAGAGAAGAGGAAAAAAAGUCUUUAAAUUCUGCAAAUAAAAGCAAGCUUUUGACAUGAACCCCUGUCAGAUACCAGAGCAUCCACACCCGAGCGGCAGCUGUAGGUGAAGAGCCAGGCGCCGCUGCCAUCACCCACUGCAAGUCUACGGACAAUCAGACAGCACUCCUUGUGCACCCGUGUUUUUUAAGAUAAGAGCCAUCUAAAAACAGUUUAGUCCCAUUUAAUUUUUAAUAUUAUUAUUCUUUUAUUUAUUUAUUUCCUUUUUCUUUUUUUUUUUUAUUCCCGAAAGAAAGCCAGUUCUAUGGAACUUCUUCAUACCCAUUUUUCAGUUCAGCGAGGAAGUAGAAAAAUCCUUUAUUCGCACAGCUGCUUCCAGUGCUCGAGCUGCUGGGCUGGGUGCUCAUACUGCACUGCCUGGCAUGAGUUUUCACACUAUGCAAGGUCUUUAAGAACAAGUAUUUUUCUAUCUCUUGCAGAAAAUAAAUGUUAGGCUGAUUCUCUUUGUGAUGGAAAUCUGCCAGUAGGAGACUCCAGCAUGGCAGCAAACCCCUCUGCAGCCCCAGCACAACACCUUGCUGUCCUGGGCACUGAUAUAGUGGUCAGGUCAUGGUUAAAGCUGUGCCCUAAGGUGCACAAAGAGCAUACACCAGGGAGCUAACUCCUUUAAGUGUUGCCGAGAAAGCAGGCCAAAAAUCUCAGUGCACCUUGGAAAUCAAAAGAUAUAGAAAAUCAGUGUGGUUUAUUCCAUAGGAAAGCUGGUUUUAAUCCUGGAUGUAAUGUUGUAUUGGUAACUUUAUGUCUGUAUCUGCCUGGAAAUAUAUGCUUCCCUGUAAAUGUUUUUUUGGUUUUUGUUUUUGUUUUUGUUUUUUUUCCAAAAGAUAACCUUUUCUGAAACCCCAUUGUCAUUGUUUUUCAUUGCUAUUUGUAGUAAAAAAUAUGAAAAAGACAUUAAUUAAUAGCAAGUAAUAAGCAGGCUAAUGGAUCUAAACUCAAAUGCAUCUGAUGUGUAAGAAGAGAGUACGAGUUGAUAAAAACACAGGAUAUUUCUGAUUUCUGAUUUCUGUCUGGGGAUCUGAGUGUAGAUCAUCACUCACAGCCUCCCAAUAGGGGUCGAUUUUCAGAAGAGAUUUCAAAGAAAUUGAAAUCAGCAAACAGCAGAGCACUUUGUAAUUUCCAUGUAUAUACACUCACAGAAAAGUCCAAGUACAGAAUCUCUCCCAACAACCGGUGAUCCAAAUCCUCCCUGUUCACUGCAGGUGAACCCUGUCGAGGCUGUGCUACCUGAUCAAACCCACGGGGUAUGAGCAACGGAGCACUCACGAUUUGGCUAUGGGAUGAGGCCCAGUGUGCACUAUGGGUGGGAUGAUGGGAUGGGAAGUGGCACAACUAGCAACACUUACUUUUUCUGUCCCUUGUGCUACAAAACAGCUGCUGUGCUAUGGCUUGGUAACUUCCUGUAACACUGAGAAGAUUUCACAGUUCUGAUCUAAAAUGUAUGCUCCAGAAAGGAUGGGAAAAACCCAUCUGUUACUCUGGUGAGGUCUGCUGUCGGCAGACUCCACAGCAGCCAAGCUCUGCAAGGACCUGAUUUUUCUUCAGGUCAGUUUGGACACUGGUGUGUCUGAGCUAGCUAUAUAAAAAUGACUUUGAGGCCUAAGCAUGCAGUCAGCGCAUUUUCCAACUGUGGUGUGGACAUACCCUAGGGUCACGACAGUCCUGAAAUGACGCAUUUUCUUGCCUCAGGGUUUUGCCCUUAAACUGAAACUUGUAAACAGACAAAAUGGAUUUCCAAGCCCAUGCGCAUGUGUGAACCAAGCUGAACAGUCCUCACACGGGGAGUGGAGAGAUCCAAACCUUCCCGCAAGGAAAACAAAGAUCAUAAAAAAAGCAAGAGAAUUAAAAAAAACAAUGCAAACCCUUCCUUUCUGUACAGUCUAAGAGGGCAUUUUCCUUAAGCAAGGAGAAAAAAAACAACACUUAUUUACAUCCUCAGCUGCUAUGUAAACUCUAAGACUAUAUCCAACUGUAAAUAUGGAUUAUCUACACACUCAAGUUUUCUCUCAGUUGUUUACAUGCUGCUUGAAAAAACAGAAAAAAGGAUAAGAAACAUGAGGGCGAAAAAGGGAAGGGCACAGAUUCACUGCAGGAGUAACCUCUGUGCACAGUCAAGAGACAGGAGAAAGGGGAGAAGGAGGCACAGACAGCCCCUCUUCCUCUGGCUGCUGCCGCUUGGUCCUUGGAAGGGAUGGGAAAGGCAGAAACUAUGAGCAGCUUCACCACAGCCGGGUGGGGCCAGACCACCAGGAAGAUUCAGCGGAGAAUCUGAGAACCACAGCUGCCUUCCCCGGAAGGAACAUCUGCAGAGCCUGCACUGGGAGGAGGAGCGGGCACAGCAGUGAGUUCCCAGGGCUGCACUAACAGAGAGCUGUCCCACUGGGCAGCUUCCCGGCAGCACAUCCCUCCCCCAGCAGGGAUGAAGCAAAGAUCAUCAUGUGUUCACGCAGUCCAAGUGACAGCAUGGCUUCUUGCUUCAGCAUCCUGUUUCUUAUGAUGCUUUUUGACGGCCACCAGAAAGGGAAUAGCUUUUCCUCACUGAUAACAUGCUGUUUUCUUCUUACAUAGGGGUCUUUUUACCACUGGCACCUCAGAGACAACACCGAAAUUAAGCAGAAGACUCCAGUUACCUUGGAGUGUUUCCCACCACCUCAUGACCCUACGUUUUUCUGUAGGAGGUCACUAUCAUUCUAAGGAUGGGGGAGGGAAAAAAAAAAAA